UAGUUACCCGUCCCAUGCAUAGAUUAUAAUAUAUUUAUUUUAUUGAAGUAGACAUUGUACAGCAAUAUAUGGCAAGGGAUACAACAUCAUCUUCACUAAGAGUGUUUCUUCAUAAUAAGUGUGUAUCUUACUUACUUUAUAUAUUAUUUUACUAUUUUACACCCUUUAGAUCCUGAAUGGACUCCCUGUAUCUUGUAUCUCGUAUAUUUUCUAUUUUCUAUAUUUUAAUUUAAUUUUAUUUGUUACUCUGUGCUGUACUGUACCCUGCUGCUUUUGCAAACUGCAAUUUCCCCACUGAUAAAAAAGAAAGAAUUAUCUUAUCUUAUUUUCUAUGAUAGUAUAUAAAAUAGGCAUACAGGCACAAAGUGUUACAGGUGAAGAAUCUGUAACUACAGUCUCUGACUCUGUCAAGAUAAACUUAGCCUACCAUCAUAUUUUAUUGAUGUCUUUCAAUAUAACUCAUAAUUUUCCAAGUGAGAUACAACAAACCUGUAGGCCUACAUUCACACAUCUUCUUGAGAAGUAAGAGCGUUCUCAACCAGCACACUCCUGUCACACUGUUCCUCUUUAAUUAAUGACAUCUUAGAAUCACAAACAGGCAGAAUCAGAAGCUAUAGUGAUGUACAUAUUACUCUUCCCUCACAUUUGUCAUGGUAAUGAAAAAAAGUGAUAGAGCUCCACCCCCUAACCACAGGAAACGGUAGAGAAUAAACCAUCAUGGCAAAACAGAAAGUAAACCUCCUCUUCAGAAGACGUUACAAAACAGGAAUUCGAAGUAAAGAAAAUGGCUUCAAAACGUUUUCUCUUGGAAGACAAUCUUUCCUGUUCUGUGUGCUGCGACGUCUUUAAAGAUCCUGUCCUCCUUGGGUGUAGCCACAGCUUCUGUAAAAGCUGUCUUCUGGUAUUCUGGCAACAGAAGGGAUCCCAGGAGUGCCCAGUGUGUAGGGGGAAGUCUUCAACAGAGAAUCCACCAUGUAACCGGGUGUUGAAGGACCUGUGUGAGGCCUUCCUACAGGAGAGAGCAAGGUCUGAUGUGCUCUGCAGUCUGCACAGUGAGAAACUCAAACUCUUCUGUCAGGAGGACAAGCAGCCCAUCUGCCUGGUGUGUCAGACUUCUAAAAAACAUAAAGGGCACGACUGCUGCCCCAUAGAGGAAGCUGCUGUGGAUCAUCGGGAGGAACUCAAGACUGCACUGUCACCCUUAGAGAAGAAACUUGAAGUCUUUAAUAAGGUUAAAGUGAUCUGUGAUCAAACAUCAGGGCACAUUAAGAACCAGGCCCAGCAGACAGAGAUGCAGAUUAAGAAGGAGUUUGAGAAGCUUCAUCAGUUUCUACAUGAUGAAGAGAAGGUCAGGAUAGCUGCACUGAGGGAGGAGGAGGAGCUGAAGAGUCAGUUGAUGAGGGAGAAGAUUGAGGAGAUGAGUAGAUACUUUCAAUCCCUCUCAGAGACCAUCAGAGCCAUAGAGGAGGAACUGAAAACUGAUGACAUCUCAUUCCUGCAGUCUUUUAAACUAAUCAGCCCCACACUAGCACUGCCAUCUGAAUGUUCUUCCAGAGCCAAGGUCACACUGCCAGAUCCAGAGAUGGUUUCAGGAGCACUGAUAGACGUGGCAAAACAUCUGACCAACCUGCCAUUCAGAGUCUGGAAGAAGAUGAAGGAGAUGGUUCAAUACACUCCAGUGACUCUGGACCCCAACACUGCCCACCAAGGUCUAAUCCUCUCUGAGGAUCUGACCAGUGUGGCAUACAGUGACAAGACACAGCAGCUUCCUGACAACCCAGAGAGAGUGCAGACAUAUCCUGUUGUUCUGGGCUCUGAAGGCUUUGACUCAGGGACACACAGCUGGGAUGUUGAGGUUGGUGAGAGUACACAGUGGAUUCUGGGUGUGGCUAAAGAGUCUGUACAGAGAAAGGAAGACCUUGGAUUUUGGGAAGGAUCCUGGAAUGUUUGGUAUUGUGAAAAUAUAUAUAACAUGCGUACUCCACUAGAGUCAUGGACUGCCUUCACAGUGAAGCAGAGACCACAGAAGAUCAGGGUACAGCUUGACUGGGAUGGAGGGAAGCUGUCAUUCACUGACCCUGAUACUGACACACACCUGCACACCUUCACAGACACCUUCACUGAGAGAGUAUUUCCACACAUUUAUAAUUAUGACAAAGACCAUUCUCUGAAAGUGUUGCCAGUAAAUGUGUCUGUAAAUACAGGCUCUGUCUAAACAUGCUAUAAAUAAUGUCCUUCACUAUUAAGCAGCACACUUCUGCUACAAAUACACCUUCCCCUCAUGAAUUCAUGAAAUAAUACAAGGGAUGGACAAUGGACAAUGGAAUCAUCGUGUCCUUGGUUAAGGCACUUCACUCUACUUGCCUUGGGGGAAUGUUGUACUUACUGUAAGUCGCUCUGGAUAAGAGCAUCUGCUAAAUGACUAAAUGGCUACAGGGUUUUCUUUUCUGUUUAGAAUCUUGUUUCAAUAAACAUAGUCUUGCUAAA